UCUCGGGGUUUUUUUUCUCCCCAAGCUGAGGGUGUUUUUUUCCCUCUCUGCUUGCCGUAGUUUCCGCUGCAGCUGUGUGUCAGCGCUAAAUAAAGACAGUAAUAAGGAGCAGUGAUGUGUGCGGCCUCGCGCUUAAUCCCGCAUUAAUAAACACACACACUGUAUCAUGCGCGUGAGUAAUGAGGAGCAGUGUGUGUGACAGUGUGUGAGUGAGUGAGUGAGUGUGUGAGAGUGUGUGUGUGUGUGUGUGUGUGUGUGUGUGUGUGUGUGUGUGUGUGUGUGUGUGUGAGAGUGUGUAUGUGUGUGUGAGUGAGUGAGUGAGUGAGUGAGUGUGUGUGUGUGUGUGUUGAAGCUGACAGGCCGUUGCGGGAACAUUAACACAGGAACAUCACUGAACACCUCCAGAUUCCUCUGAGUAAGAGGUGUGGUCAUGGCUGCGUGCAGCUCCGACACGGUGCACUACAUCCGUCUGCAGAAUGCUAGUGAGUGUGUGUUAGAGUCUUUGCGGUCUCAGCGACGUGACGGUGUAUUCUGUGACGUGACUGUGCGGAUCCAGGACGCGUCCCUGCGCGCUCACGCCUGUGUGCUGGCAGCCGGAAGCCCGUUCUUUCAGGACAAGCUGCUACUGGGCCACUCGGAGAUCAGUGUUCCUCCUCUGGUGCCGGCUGACGCUGUACUGCAGCUGGUGGACUUCCUGUACAGCGGCUCCAUGGUGCUGCUGCGCUCGCAGGCCCUGCGCAUGCUUACUGCUGCCAGCAUCCUGCAGAUCAAGAGCGUCAUCGACGAGUGCACACAGAUCAUCUCUGCCUCCUCCAACCACAAACAGGCCGCCGCCGCUGCCGCAGCCGCCGCCGCUAAGGCUCGCAGCCAGGAGGGCGGAGCUGUGGGAGGAGCCAUGACUGGAUUUGGAUACACCAUGGAAGAGUGCAGUGAAGUUACAUCAGAAAGCACAGAGCAGCCGAAUACUCACUUCAUCUCACAACAUCAAGCAGGACUACAGACAGGGGCGGGGCAGGGUGAGACGGCCUCUAUUGAAGGGAGUGGAGUCGGCAGGAUGAUGCCCCCUCUCAGUGACCUGAUGUGCAGAGGGGAUGGGCUUGGUGCAUCAGGGGGUGGGGCCUCACUGAAGCCUGUAAGUUGUUCUCAGGAGAUCCAGACUUACAUGCUGAACCAGAAUGCUGAGAGAACCACUGCACAGAAUCAGAGCCAGAACCGGGCAGAGUCAGGCCACGCCCCCAUCAAUAACCCUGCUACUCUGGGCAGGGGUGGCAGUGGGGUGGGGUUUGUGGGCGUGGCAGAGGAGCUGCCUGUUGGCAUGGAGAGGUUCAGCGAAGGGGAGGAGCUAGAGGACAGAGGGAGAGACGGAGAGAGAGACAGGGGGGCGGGACAUAGCCGCAAACAGAGACAACCGCUACGGUUACAGGUAAAUAACUCACAUGUGCACAAAGGGGGUGGACAAAGCUGCAAACUGCUGUGUUUACAGGUGAUGGGGCCAGAGCAGGUGGUGGUGAAGGAUGAGGAGAACCUGCAAGAAGGAGAAAACCUGUUCCAACUGGAUGAGCAACAGGACACUACACAUACACAAUCACACACACAAACCUAUGGCCAGGCAGGGUUUUAUGAAGAACAGAAUGUGUAUGCUGGAGGUUUUUGGCCACAGACUGAUGCAUCUCAGGCCUUGGUGUCAAACCCCCGUUCCCGUGGCAACAAACCACUGUCCCCACCCACUUCUUCUCACAUCAAUAAUCAGAUGCUCUUUCAGUAUCCUGUCAGCGAAUCACAACCAUCCUCCUUCUUUGUGGGAGGAGCUAUGACCAUGGACAGCAUGUCAGAGUCAUGCCAACAGGCUCCGCCCCCACCUCCCCUGACCCCAGCCCCGCCCCCUCCUGCUUCAGCAUGUGUCGCAGGUCCAAGUUUUACGGCUCAGGGAUCAGAAACGUCCUUCGACUGUAGCCACUGUGGCAAAUCGCUGCGAUCACGCAAGAACUACAGCAAGCACAUGUUUAUACACUCCGGUCAAAAGCCCCACCAGUGCAGCAUCUGCUGGCGUUCUUUCUCUCUUCGUGACUACCUGCUGAAGCACAUGGUAGUGCACACGGGUGUGCGAGCGUUCCAGUGCAGCGUGUGCAGUAAACGCUUCACACAGAAGAGCUCUCUGAACGUACACAUGCGCACUCACCGCGUCGAACGCAACUUCUCCUGCACAGUGUGUAACCGUGCAUUCACACACCGCACAUUGCUCGAACGCCACGCCCUCCAGCACCAGCACCCUGCCCCGCCCAUCAAACCCCCAACUAACCACGGCGCCAUGGGCGGCGCGGGUGGGGCAGGGCCUGGGCCCGCCCCCUAGUGGCCAAACUGAGAACUCGGGGUGGACGUCGCUAAUUUUAUUUACCUUCAUACAGAAUGUUAAAUAAUUACAGAGUAAUAAUAAUUAUUAUUAUUUUGUAAUAUUAUUAAGACAUUUUAGAUAUUUACAUUCAUUCACUCAAAAGUUCCUAGACCACAGGGGGUGUGUCUUUAAGUCCAUAUAAGGACAUAGAUAGCUAAGUGAGAUUUCUGAGAAUUUAUGAUAGUGUACAAUUCUUUACUGUUGAUGCAUGCUAACUAGCUAAUGGUCAGCUAAACUGACAUAAACUUUCACAUAUUUUAAUGAAUUUUUGAAUUGUAAUUUAGCUAAUUUUAGCUAACUAGCUAAUGCGAGCUAAUCUGACACAGUUUCUGACAAGUAUUUUAAUUAAUAUUUACAAAUGUUUAUACCCUUUUAACCAAAGUUAGCUAAUAUUUAGCUAGCUUCUUCAAACCUGAGGGAUUCUUGAGAAGAUAUUUAAGUGGUAUUUAUAAACCUUCAUCUUUAGAAUUAAAGUUAGCAAAUCAUAAGCUAAGCUAACCUGACAGGCUUUAUCUUAAUUGCUAAUGUUAAAUCUCUGAAUAUUAAAAAUCUAUGGCUAGCGGAAAUGUGCUAAUCAGUCACGCUGUGCAACUCGUUCAUCUUUACUGCUAGCUACUUGGGGAAUGUUAGCAUAAAUGUUGAGCGUAUUCACAGGCAGUUCUAGCUCACAGAAGUGAUACUGACAGGAUCUGUGACAGAAUAUUGCCUCUGAGGACAGAAAGUUUAAAACGUUUAAACCACAUACAUACAAAUAUAAAACUCUGUGUAAAUGUGUGUAGGUUAAAGCUAAGAUCUCGCAGUCACUUCAUUUACACACUUGAAAAUCGAGCAUCACGUCCACCCCGAGUGUAAGGGUCUAGAUUUACAAUCAGAUUUUCAUUCAGGACUCACUCUCAUAUUUACACACACACACUCUCUCUCUCUCACACACACACAAAUGCGUGCGUACACACACAUUUACACACACACGCGUACACACACAUAAACACAGACACACACACUUAAACAGUCACACACAUUUACACACACUCACUCUCUCACACACACACACAUUUAUACACACUUACAUUCGCGCACACACACACACACACACACACACACACACACACAGCGUGUUCUGAUUAUCAGCUUCAGAUGCCUGGUCUCCUGAUCUGUCCUAAACUAAACGCUGUAAUCCAUCUGCGCUACAUGCUAGCUAAAGUUUUGGCACUCUCAGUGACUCUGCAUCUCAGCUCGUCCUGCUGUUUGUUUUUGGAGGACUCCUUCUGUAAGUGUCUCGUUACAGAUUGUGUAUACUCGUGUUGAUGUGUUGCGUCAUGUCACUGAGUACUUAGCUGUGUAAUCGUAACGCUUCAUGCUAAUUCUGUUAUACCUUUGAUUAGCUAGCUAAUUAAUAGCAGUUUCCCUAAAAACCACAACAACCACAUGCACUUUAAACCAUAUACUCUCUAUAUCUAGACACUUUGUAGGCAGCCUGAUUAGGGCACUUUGUUUAGAGAUGAGGUUUAUAAGAUUCGGCCCUUUAUCUGAUCUUAUAGUGGAGUAGCUCUGAUAAUCGCACAAACCGCCAUCAGACACUACUGAUGUUUAUUAUUGGUUUGUAUCAGGACACACCUCCUCACUCUUUCUUGCACGUGCGCGCACGCACACACACACACACACACACACACACACACAAUGACACAUCGUGGUGCCAUAAUCAUGAAGAGCAGCUUCAUCAACCAGAGAACCUCACACUCACGCACACGCACACACACACACACACACACACACACACACACACACACACACACACACACACAUACACAUACACAAUAUCUGCAUAAGCACUAAUGUAUUCGUGCAGUACUCAUACGGGAUUUUUAUAAAUAUAUAUUUUAACGUUAUUUUAAAUUUUUUUGGUAACGUAUGUUGUGUAUUUUAAUCUGACCUCGUGUUUCAUUAUGGUUUUUAACAUUCCCUUGUCCACAACCCCUCCGAAGUGCACACUCCACCCGAGGAGCAAGAACAAUGUUCAGCUAUGUCUAAUGCUGCUAACAUUGGCUAGAUUAGCAUUUUCAGGUUAGCUCACUGCUAGUAAACUAGCCCACAUUAUAACAGUAUAGCCACAGGUCUCGCUGUCCCUCGCAUGCAGCUUAAUCGUGAUCGCGUGACAUCAUACAUUAGCUCACAUGUAGCUCCAUUUUCAAAUCAGUUUUAUACAUUUUUACUGAGAAAGUCAGGUUUAAAUAGCAAAAUAAAAGUUCUGAUUCUCCUUUCUCUGAUGUUUGUGGACUAGCUCACUGAUUUAACUUUACUCCCAGUCGAGCUCUACUCCUUAUUUUAUAGCUAGCUGUUUGCUGAAUUUGUUUAUACCCAUUAGCUAGCUAGGCUUUAUGUUUAGCUGGCAUAUUCCAAUACAGUGGAACAGAUAACUAGCUAAUUUCUGAACAGAUUCACUACAUUUUAAUGGUUGUAAUUAUUCUGAACAUGACCACGUGGGUGUUUUCAGCCAAUAGAAUAGUGUCUGUGCCUUCAGGGGGGGCAGCCACGCCCUUCACACUGGAGUGCUACCUCGCUAGCAUGCUAACUAACUUGACUGCUAUCUAAUGGAUUAUGCUAAUAAUGUAGUUAAAAAUUUUCUGUGGUGAUUUUUCAAAUUUACUAUUGUUUAAACUAUGAACUGUGUCGUUAUUACUAGCUGUCCUGUGUUGCUAGCAUGCUAACUAGCUAAUAGAGUUAAUGAACGCAGUAUCAUCAACUGCCACAAACAGACAAUCAAAUGUUCAUCCUAAAAAAUUGUAUUUAAUUGAGGAUGCACAUGUUUAAGAAAAGCUACAUUCGCCAUCUUGCAAAGGAAGGACCUUCUUCUUCUUCUUCUUCUUCUUCACUUCCUGUUACAAGCACCACAGUGCAUCAUGGCCUGGUUUGAACGAUGUCCAUUAGUGCGCUACAUUCCUCAAGACCUCAAAACUCACUGAGUAGUGCAGAGCAGCCCUUAUGAUGGUGGACAGAUGAAAGUAAGGAGAAGUGUAUGAGGGAGUGUUAAAACCCUGAUUUGGGACGAGGCCGGUGUUUUACUCCUCUCAUGUGAAACCGUACAGACCUCAGGAAAACCACAACAACCUCCACAGAGAACACUUUUAUACGUCCGAGACUUUUUCAGCGCAGAACAGAAAUGUGUUUAUAACUUUUAAUAAUGAUGUGCACAUGAAUAUUAAUGAGGAUGGUAUUUUUAUGGGCGAGGGUUUUCGAGUUACAGUCUUAAUGUCGCUUUAAUUACAUGCUGAGAAAAAAAACUGUAAAUGCUUCUUCAUGUGUUUGUGUUAAUGACCGCAACAUGAAUGUGCAGCUCUUUUUUUUAUUAUGAUAUGUUGUCUUGAGAUAUUAAAGGCUUCAGUCUCAGUUACCCAGCAUGCCUUGAGUGUAAACCUGCAUGGAACCUCAUUAAAGAUGAUUAACGAUGAAA